AUGGCAAGAAAACACAAUCAACGACGAGCAAAGACCUUGAUUGCGAAAGUCGAAUACGAAACCAAACCUAUGCCUCCAGCUCCAAAAAGCCCCUUCGGAUCAGAGCUAUGCAAAUCCGUCUUUCUCAAUGACUUAAUUUUGGAUAAGAUCUGCUCGCACCUCGAAUUCAAAGACAUUACCUCGCUCCGUCUUACCACUCGAAAGUUCAAAGAUCAUUACGCAAGGGUCAUGAAAUCUCAAUGGAGUAUCCAUAGGCAACUCUCCUACUACGUCUUUGAUACUGAUCAGUUCAGAGCACGAAUGGGAAUGCAUAAUGUGUUUAUUACUGGUCAGAUCGCACUGCAAUUCUUUGAUCGCAAUAAGACCGGUGUCCCAUUCAAAUUACUAGAUGGAAAUGAUGCAGCAUUGGAAAUGGUAGCUAGCUCUGGAAAUCACGCACAAGCUUUCGCAAAUUAUUUCACUGAAAAAGAGCUCUAUGUUCCUGAUUUUUUGGGCUUUUGUAUGUGUUGUAGAAGCAAGGGAGGCUGUUCGAAAGUAAGACUAUAUAAAAGGGUUAAAACAGAUGGCAGCAUCAGGCGCAUCCAGGUAUCCUUCCUUGAGAACGAUUGGUAUCUUAGAAAUGGCUGUGACUAUGAUUCCAUUGGUAAUGGUCUAUACACGGUAGAUGCUCUCAAGCAUUCCUUGACUACGGCCCAAAUCAACUUCAUCACAUGGAAUAAAGCUUAUUGCCUAUUUCCAAACGCUCUAUCUCAGCACAAACUUAUCUCUUUCGAAACCACCGACACCGCUCGUGCCAAACCUAACUCUUCAUCAGAUUAUGUCAAACGCGGUUGGACGUUAGAUAAGACGUGGACUGCCGAAAUGGGUCGAUAUGACGAAACAAGAGUUGGAUUCAGAAGAAUUGGAGAUUCACAAACUUGGAAGAUCGACUUGCCAAAACUCAAAGUGAAUAGACGGGACAAAAAGUUGCCGGACGUUGUUAUAGAGUGUUCGAACUUUGCCAUCCGGACUCGUGAGAGAUCGGCUUCUGAUGAUGCUGAUUGUGAAUUCUUUACAAUGCACGCAGAUUCUGGCAUUUCAAAAAAAUACAAAUACAUCUACACUUCCAAUGCAUAUUUUGCAUGCCGCGGUUGGCAACCACUUGGUUCUGACCUUAUGGAUUAG